GGGGCGAGCCAUGUCUACGAGGUCAAAGGAGAAAGUCGUGGCCGCGUUCCGGAAGUUACGUCGAGACGGCUUCUCAGCCGACACCAUCGUCCGGACGCAGUCACACCGUCGGACGGCGUUCUGCCUGAGAAUUCGGGUGCCGGCAAUUCCAGUCACGGGAGUUGCUUCUUCAAGACGAAGAAGUCCAACGGAACCACCCCUCAGGGCAGCGUCGCUGUACCGGACAAGAGGGUUCGAUUGCGACGGCUGAUGAAGGAGCUCAGCGAGAUCCAGAGGACCCAACAUCGGCUGGAGUCGACGUUCACCGCGGAGUUGGUCAACGACAAUUUGUUCGAAUGGCACGUCAGACUGCACAAGAUCGAUCCCGAGAGCGACCUGGCCGCGGACAUGAGGGAGCUCGAUAUACCUUACAUCCUCCUGCACGUCGUAUUUCCCGAGAAUUUCCCUUUCGCGCCACCCUUCAUGCGCGUUAUCUCGCCCAGAAUCGAGAAAGGGUUCGUGAUGGAGGGUGGUGCAAUUUGUAUGGAGCUCCUUACACCGAGAGGUUGGGCCAGCGCGUACACUAUUGAGGCGGUCAUCACGCAAUUUGCCGCUAGCAUCGUCAAAGGCCAGGGUCGUGUGGCGAGGAAGCCGAAGUCGAACAAAGAGUUCAACCGAAGGUCUGCCGAGGAAUCUUUCCGGAGCCUCGUGAAGACGCACGAAAAAUACGGUUGGGUGACGCCGCCCCUGGCCGAGGGUUGAUCAGACGAAUGGCCCCGAGGAAACGACAUUACACAUGGGUUAUUUUGGACGGAAGUGAACGAACCAUCGCCGCAGCGCGUUGAUUUUAAGUGCAGAUUACGUUCGUCUCUCGUUUCUUUUCCUUUCUGAACGCGACCGUUUGCACGAAAUUCCAUCGCGGUUCCGACCGCAUACCGCGCGAUAGCUGAGAAAGGAAGGAGUAGCCGAUUUUUACGCAAGUACACAAAGUAUGAUGUAUAGGGGCUUCGUGUGUUCAAUCCAUUGGUCAUGGGAAUUAUCCGUGACGUUUCUACCACGAGUCACCGACCAUUCUGGGCUUCCUUUUUGCUUGUUUUUUUUUUUAGUUAAUUGAUGAGAAAAAGUGGCAAGAAUUUCAUGAGAAACAAUGCUACCGUGGCUAGAUUUCGGUGGAUAAGGAAUGUAAAAUUGAGCGAGCUAUAAAUUUACACAAGUUACGUUAUUACUGGACUGCGUAUGUUCAUGCGAUUACUGCGUGCACGAUUGUCUAAAGUUCAGCGUAGCAAAGAGUUUGAUAAAUUUUUAUGAGACGAUCCUUCUAUUUGGAACUGGACAGAACUCGUAAUAGGCUAAAUAAAUUUCUUUGAUUCCAGUUUCGGUACAGGUGUCCAUAAAGUGUGUAUCCGCAUAAACAUUCGCCGCCUGGUUGUUAAAGAUAGAUACAUAGACUAAAAUGUCACGUAUCAACGGUAACGAAUCUAUGAUAGUAGAUCUUUCGGUGUAGA